UACUUAUAUUUUGCUUCUUCAAUAAUUUAUUAUUGGGUAAUUUAGCUAAUUGUAUUUCAUAUUUGGUUGUCUAAAUUUCUAGCCUUUGAUGAUGAAAACAAUUUUGUUCUAAAGCUUUUUUAAAUUGGUUUCUUUUCUUAAUAUUGUGUUCAAUCAACACCUAUUUAAGUUAUUGUGAACAGUUAUACGUUUCAACACUUAAAAUGAAUAAAAUUGCUCUAUACCAUAUUUUAGAGAAUUACGACGCUCGCGUUCCCGAAGAUCAAGAUCGAGUGUAUAAAGAUGAAUGCUUAUACUCGUUUGAUUCACCAGAUUGUGAAACUGGCCUUUUUAUUUGUUUAAAAACAUUUGGUGGUUUUGGGCGUGAGCAUGUUGAACGCUAUCAUAGAAAAACAGGGUGCUCAGUGUUUUUACAUAUACUUCGAGAUAAAAUAGAGGUUGAAACCAAAAUGACGCAGGUAGGAGAUGCUCCAACUGAACGAAAAAUUACUCGACUAGCUAUUGGAGUAGAUGGUGGAUUUGAUCCAGAUGCUGAAAACAAAAAGUUUAAAACUAUAGAAAACUAUUCUAUUGUAAUUUUACCUUCCUUUGAUUCAAUUCCAUUUGACACUAGUAAUUUGCCAGAAAAAGUCAUUAAUUCUGUAAAAGGUAUUAUAGAAGCUAAAUCGGCUAAUUACUUAGAUGAAUUGAAAAGUUUGUCUAGUACAUGGGAUGGCGAAAUUAGACUUGAAACCAAGUAUGCUGAUAUAGAGCAGUUAAAUAAUGAGAAAAAAAUUGCUCCCAGUGGUUGGAAGUGUGAGUAUCCAGAUUGUGAUAAAGACAAUAAUCUAUGGCUUAAUUUAACUGAUGGUUCAAUUUAUUGUGGUCGUAAAUUUUUUGAUGGAUCCGGCGGAAAUGGUCAUGCUAUUGAGCAUUAUCGUAAAACAAAUUUUCCUUUGGCUGUUAAACUUGGUACAAUUACUAAAGACGGAAAAGGAGAUGUAUACAGUUAUCCAGAACAUGAUAUGGUUGAAAAUCCAAAUCUUAUUCAACAUUUAUCACAUUUUGGUAUUAAUAUUUCUGUUAUGGAAAAGACUGAAAAAUCAAUGGUAGAAUUAGAAUUAGAUUUAAAUCAAAAGUUUGGUGAAUGGGCAACAAUGCAAGAAAGUGGAAGUGAGUUGAAACCAAUUUUUGGUCCAGGUUAUACAGGCAUUCAUAAUUUAGGAAAUUCAUGUUACAUGAAUAGUAUUUUGCAAGUUUUGUUUUCUAUUCCGGAUUUUACUGUUAAGUACUAUGUACGGUCAAUAAAUAUAUUUCAAAAAUGCACAACUAAUCCUGUUGAUAAUUUCAAUGUACAGAUGGCGAAAUUAGCUCAUGGACUAUGUUCAGGAAGGUAUUCAAUGCCACCUCCAGAAGUUAUUGAAGGAAAAAAAAAGUAUUGGCAUCAUGGUAUUAGACCAAAUUCUCUAAAAUUGUUAAUUGGAAAAAAUCAUCCUGAAUUUGCUACAAAAAAACAACAAGAUGCACAGGAAUUUUUUUUGUACUUAUUAUCAUUAAUAGAGCAACAUUCUCAACAAUCUGAAAAUCCAGCUGAAUGUUUUAAAUUUAACAUUGAAGAUCGUUAUCAAUGUACAACGUCAGGACAACUAAAAUACACUUAUAGACCAGAAUACUGUUUGCCAUUAUCUAUUCCACUUGAAAAAACAAUUAAUCACUCAGAAGUAAAUGAAUGGAUGAAAAAACAAGCUGAAAGCAAUAAUAAAAACACAAAUGAAAUAGUUCGACCUUGUAUUAAAUUAUCAUCAUGUUUAGAAUCUUUUGUUCAGUCUGAAAUUAUUGAACAAUUUUUCAAUACUGCGUUAAAUCAAAGAACAACUGCCCAAAAAACUACAAGACUUGCUACAUUUCCUGAUUAUCUUAUGAUACAUUUAAAAAAAUUUACACUUCGUCAUGAUUGGGUGCCUAUUAAAUUAGAUGUAUCUAUUGACAUGCCUGAAGAAUUGGAUAUUAGUCAUUUAAGAGGAAAUGGUCCACAAGAAGGUGAAAUUCUUAUGCCAGAUAUUGCAGAAACUCCAGAUGCUUCAUCAUUUAUGUUUGAUGAAAAUUUAAUAUCUGAGUUGACACAAAUGGGAUUCCCUCCAGAAGCAUGUAAACGUGCAGUAUUUUUCACAAAAAAUCAAGGUUUGAAUGAUGCUUCAAAUUGGCUUAUGAACCAUAUUAGUGAUCCCGAUUUCUCCGAUCCCUUUAUACCACCAGGAACAGAAGUUAAAAAAGAAGAAUUUUUACCUGAUGAAAAAUCUGCUGCUAUGAUUAUGUCAAUGGGUUUUGAACGAAAUCAUGUGAUUUCUGCACUAAAGGCUACUGAAAAUAAUUUGGACCGUGCACUUGAUUGGUUAAUGAGUCAUGGACCAGAAGAAUUAAACUCCAUGGAAACUUCAGAAAGUUCUAAACCAAAAUAUAGGGAUGGUAGAGGAAUGUAUAAAUUAAUUGCUUUUAUAUCUCACAUGGGUAGUUCUUCAAUGGUUGGACAUUAUGUAUGUCAUAUUAAAAAAGAAGGACAAUGGGUCAUAUUCAAUGAUGAAAAGGUAGCAGUUUCUCAAAAUCCCCCUAUUGACUUAGGUUAUUUGUAUGUUUAUGAAAGAAUUAAUUGUUGAAAAUUACUUAUGAUGUUAAAUUAUAAUAA